GUUCGUAAGUUGUUACAAAGUGGUAUGAGUCCUGAUUUAACCAAUGAGGAUGGAUUGACAGCAUUACACCAGUGUUGUAUUGAUGACAAUGAAGAAAUGAUGAAAAUAUUGAUAGACUUUGGUGCCAAUGUCAAUGCCAGAGAUAGUGAGUUAUGGACACCACUUCAUGCUGCGGCUACCUGCGGGCAUGUGCACUUAGCAGAAUACCUUCUUAAUAAAGGUGCUGAUAUAUUAGCGAUCAAUUCCGAUGGAAAUAUGCCGUAUGAUAUUUGUGAAGAUGAGGUUACAUUAGAUUAUAUUGAAUCGGUGAUGUCAUCAAAAGGUAUUACGCAAGAAGAAAUUGAUGAUUUGAGAAGUUGUACAGCCAAGAGGAUGUUGAGAGAUCUGACUCAAGCAGUAGAUAAGGGACAACUUGAAGUAUUAGAAUGCAGGGAUUGCCAUGGUGCUACUCCAUUGCAUUUAGCUGCCGCAAAUGGAUACAUUGAAGUUGCUGAUUUCUUAUUGGAUCAUAACGUACGCCUAGACGUCAAAGAUAACGAUGGUUGGCAACCAAUACAUGCGGCAGCUUGUUGGGCACAGCCUGAAAUGGUGUACAUAUUAGCUAUGCAUGGUGCUGAUUUGGAUGCAAGGACCUAUAAUGAUGAGAUGCCAUUUAGUAAGUUCCUACUUGCAUCUGUGAGACGUACCAGUAUGCGAGAAAAGAAAGAAAUAUCCAGGAGAGAUGCGAAAGCUGAGGCUGAGCUGAUGCUUAUACCACGGGACACGCCUUCUCCUGACAACCCACCCACAUCUGUCAAAGAAGUACGGGUUGAUAUGAUUGAGGAUGUAACGCCAAAGCGGCCAAGAAGGACAGAUCACACAGCGGAAGGGACUACGACUAAAAAUGUGACUAUAUCGUUAGAACCUGCGGCAAAAUCAGAAAAGAAAUCCAAUAAAAAAGGAUCCAUUCUGAAAAAACAAAAGCAGGUAUCAAUAUCGCCAUCAAACAAGAACAAAAAAAGCAAAGGCAAAAAGGAGAAAAAGGAGAAAUCUGACACAAGUUUAACAAAGGCUGAUAAGUAUUACCAAGAUAAGUUCAAACAUGAGGGGGGAACAUUGUCUGAAUUGAAAAGACAACGACUGAAAAAGUUUCAAGAACAUCACAGUGUGGAUUCUGGUCUUGAUGAGUCCUAUCAACCAUUACCCAGCAACUCACACAAGGAUUCCGUAGAUCUGCGUCAUCAAGAUAGUAGUCCACAACCAAAACCGUCGGCAAAGAAACCCGUCAGCCCAGUAGCGAAAAAGAAAUCAGGUUCACAUAACUCAGACAAAACGAAAUCAGACAAUUCUAAAAAAAAUGAUCAAGAUGCAAAUGGGAUGGGAAAUGUGACGACGUCGUCCAAAUCAUCGUCUGGGAAUACAGUCUCAACGGAAGCAAAAGAUCCCCCAAUACACAGGUUUAAAGGUGAAGUGGAAGAACCCGAAGAUGCUGAAAGGCCUGUAUGCUGUGUGGUCAUGUGA